UCCAAUAAGUAAUCAAUCAUUCUUCUUCAAUGAAACGGUUGCCCAAUUUUGUCCAAAUUUAAAAAUUUUUGCUACAUGGUUUCUAAAUAACGAAUUUGAUGUACUUGAAGAAAUAUUAACCAAAUGUCAGCAUUUGGAAGAAUUAUUCCUUCAAGCUUUUGAUGAUAAGAAUUUGAAUUUAAAAAUUCAUAGACUGUUCAAAUUAUUAGAAAUAACUACUCCAAAGCAUUUUUGGAAAUUAGGAUUAUUAGGAAAUUGGUGCGAUCCAUCAGAUGCUCUGAAAUCUUGCUUUGAAAGCUGGAAAAGGAAAAGCAAUCAUGUUUCUUUGGUUUUCUCCAGGAAUGUAUGCAUUGGUUCCGAGCACAUGGAUCUUAUUCUUCAAUAUAAAAAAGAUGGAGUGAUUAGACGGUAUAACGUUGUGGACGAUCCU